UCUGGUCUCAUUGUCAUUUGUUACUUUUAAGUUUUUCCACAUUUUACUUACCAUGUGUCAUUCGUUCUUUUGGUACUCUGUUAUAAUGCAAUUAUUUUUUUUUUCUGCAAGCUGAUGGUUUGUUGCAUGAACAAUCGCUGCAGGACAACAAAGGCUCCUAACUUUCUGAUGAUAGAAAAGGCUAUGGAGUUCAAUGGAAAGAUUUCUCCAGCAAUGGCUCUGGUUAUGGAAAGGGGUAUUCUGUGUUAAGUUUAGCUGUGAAUCAAACUGACAGGAAUGAGCCAAAUCGAAAAGCGGGUUCCCAAGAGGCGUGUCUUGGAUUUGGCCAUGUGGAUAUAAAUAGUGAUGAUGAUGAUGAUGAAGAUGAGGAAAUCCGUUAUUUAGGGAGACUGAAUGCUUCAAAUGGCUCUCAAAUUAUAAAGAUGAAGAGGAUGAGAGAAAUGGGAGAUAUACUGCUAUUUUUGAGGAUAGAGAUUAUGUGGAAGAAGAUGAGCCUAUAUCAGACAAUGAGCCUGGAUCUAGAAGGAAGAUGCUGGGAAGGGGAUCAGUUAAUUUGUUUGUGGAAGGAAGAACUAAAUCAACUCAUACAACACGUAAUCGAGCUCUUCAGUCUCGGAAAGAUCUCUUAUCUGGUCCUGGUGCCAGUCUUGUUGCGUUCCCCGAUGGUUUACCUCCUGGCCCACCCAAAAAACAAAAGGAGAAACUUUCUGAAGUGGAGCAGCAGUUGAAAAAGGCUGAGGCUGCACAGAGACGUAGAAUUCAAUCAGAGAAAGCUGCCAGGGAAGCUGAGGUUUUACCCGUUAUUUCUUUUUUGCUUUUGAUUAAUUUUAUUACUGCUCCAUGAUCAUUUGAGACACAGUCUUAACAGGGUCUUUGAAUUGUCUGAGGCUGAGGCAAUCAGAAAAUAACUGGGUCAAGAUUCUGGAAGAAAGAAGAGGGAGGAAAAGCCGAAGAAGCAGCGGGAUGAAUUGGCACAGGUCCUUGACUUUUUUUGUUUCAUGCAUUUUUCUGUGUACUUUCUAACACUAUUCUCAUGCAUUUUGAACUAAUAAUUGUUGCAGGGAAAGGCUGCCAAACCUGAAACUCUUGCAUCAAACAUGGUGAGAUGGGUUAUAGGUUCUGGUGGAGCAACAGUUACAUUUUCUGAAGAUAUUGGUCUACCACAGCUAUUCAAUUCAGCGCCGUGCAGGUACUCUUACAAAUCCGUCUUGUGUUUUUCAUGACCUAAAUGCUUUUCUGAAAGUUUCAAAGCGGGAUUUAUGGAUUUCUUUUCCCUCUAGUUUUCCUCCACUGCGAGAAAACUGCGCUGGUCCUAAUUGUACAAAUACAAUUAUGGAGAUUCCAACUCAAAGCUUCCCCUGUGCAGUCUUGGUUGCUAUCAGGCAACACAUGCAAAGGCAAGGUCUUUGAUUGCAUGCUGAGAAGUUCCUUGAUUUCCCAGAUGGAUACAAAAAUCAUUUGAGCAUAU